UCUAAGCAUGUCUGACAUCAGCUACCUAAUUGGUCAACAAAACUGAAAAAGGGGCGAGCCGCUGUGCCCAAGCCGGAAGUUUGUGUUCAGAAAGGGAAGCGCUUCCUAAUUGCGGCGAAUCUUCGGGUGUUUGGAGCGACAUGGCUGCGAUCAGCAGGUUCUAGAUCUCUCACCUCGCUGUAAGCAGACGUUCCUUGCUAUGAUGCCAGCACGGAGCAGUGUAUCCGCUUCCAUCCCAAACAGCAAAGUGAAGUACUCCAAGCUUUCCGACACAGAUGAAGGUUAUAUUGACCUACAGUUUAAGAGAAGUCCUCCAAAAAUCCCAUACAAAGCCAUUGCUCUAGCGACUGUCCUGUUUAUGAUCGGAACGCUUCUUAUCGUGAUUGGGGCUCUCCUCCUGGCUGGAUAUAUUAGCAAAGGGGGGAACGAGAGAGCGAUUCCAAUUCUGAUUAUCGGCAUACUGGUCUUCCUGCCUGGUUUUUACCAUCUUCGCAUUGCGUACUAUGCUUCCAAGGGGUACAGAGGAUAUUCGUACGAUGACAUACCGGAUUUUGAUGACUGAGAUUAUUUUCCAGAAUCUUUGGAGAAAUACUAAAGCCAUUUACUGCGCUUAAGGACGUCGGAUUGGAACAGACCUAGUGAAGAAGAGACACACAGAGUAUGUUUAUUUAGGCAUUGGUAGAGUCAAGCGGACUUCAGAAUGUUAUUGCAGCCUCUCCGUUCUAGGUACACCCUGCACAAUAAUGCUUCCUAUGUUUUUGUGCGGCCCUAUCUGCGGGUACUUUCUUGUUAAUUUACAGAAAAUGUAAUUCGUCUGUAAUUCCGAAAUGUUACCGAUCCGAGUAAACCUCUCAGAUAACGAAUUGAACAAAAAA